CUCUCUCUCUCAACCAUCCCCAUCCCCUCCGCCGCAAUCCUCCCUCCUCACCUUCAUCCAGAUCCACAGGGCUAGACCGAGCCAGAGAGAUCGUCGGAUCAACAGUUCGAGAAAGGAGAGUUCAGCCGGAUCUCACUCACCAUGGUGGUCGCGCUCGGUCCCGGCAGGUUCUACGGCGGCGGCCUGCCGCGCCCGCGCGUCUUCCCCGGCGACCGCGUCGACCCGCCGGCGCCCGUCACCGACGCGCUCCUCUGCUGGGCGCGCGAAGCGCACUGGUCCAUGGGCGGGCUCGGCGCCAAGCGCCUCCGCCUGCAGGGCCGCAUCGAGGGCAACCUCGUCAAGCUCCGCCGCACCGCGCGCCGCGACGCCAGGGUCUCCGCCAAGUCCGCCAAGGUCCGCGCCGCGGGGCACGGGCCCGCCCCUGCCACUCUCGACGACGCGCUCGGCUCCGACGACGACGAUUCGGAGGACGAGGCGGAGGUCGCGGCCCAGGAGAAGGCGAUGCGGCGCGAGGUCGUUGAUGACGACGAGGACUCCGAGUCCGGCGAGUCGGAGGGCGAGGGGGUGCCGCUCGUCACCAUCGCCGCCGCCGCCAAGAGGAAGCGCGUCAGGAAGCUCUCCGACGAGUUCGACCGCAUUGCCGCCGCGCAGCUGGAGGGCGGCGGGAAGAAGAAGCCCGCGGCCGCGGCUCCGGCCAAGGCCCUGCUGAGGAAGAAGGCAGUCGCUGCGGCUGCUCCUGCCCCGGCCACUGAGGCGCCGGCGAAGAAGUCGUUGAAGAGGAAGGCGGUGGCGCUGGCUGCUGGUGCUGUGGCGAGGACGUCGCCGAAGAGGAAGACUGCCAAGGCGCCGGAGGCGAAGACAUCACCGAAGAGGAAGACCGCUGAGGCGCCGGCGGCAAGGAGGACGUCGCCGAGGUCGAAGCACUGAUGGAUAGGUGCCCGUUUCCAUUUGCAAUCCCUGUUCUUGGCUCUACCGGUUGUGGUGUGAUCUCGGAGAGGCAGCAUGCCGUGUGUUCGUUGAAAUGCUUGAAUGCAAUCUGUCAUGCUUCUUUCUGUAUAUGAUUCAAAUCCCUCAAAUGUCUCUGGUAAGCUCUGAAUUAUCUUGAAAUAAUUGUUCCUGCACUGA